UUGUGUAUCAUUUCUAGAAAUUUCAUGAGACAAAAACCACUUCUAUUUUUGUUGUUAGGCAACUGUUUUUAUCCAUCUUGGUUUGGUAAUGACCCUGGAGUUCUAUUUUUCAGAAGUCUUAUCUUUUUGCAUCUAAAAUGGCUUUCUUUCUUAAGGUUAAUGGUGGGCGAGAAGGUCGACCAAUUGGAGCUUACGAGCUUGCAGAAGCAGUCAGAGAGCCAGAGCAGGAGAAAUACUGCUUAACUGUAUUGACUGUGAUGUUGGUUGCCAUUGAAAGUUGGUUGGGCGAAAUAUUGUGGAACGACGAAUGAAAAACUGGAAAGAGAAAUAAAUUUUCAGACAAGUGUGAAGCAGAAACAGAGAAAGUAGCAGAUAAUGAUGGCCAAAUGCACCGCAGCUCCUCCUGGUGAAGCUCAGCUUUUCCGAACCCUCAGUGGUCUUCAACAACUGGCGGAAACCCGUCGUUUCAAGGCCUGGUUCUUAGAUCAAUUUGGAGUCCUUCACGAUGGCAAACAACCUUAUCCUGGUGCAAUUUCAACAUGUAUGUUCCCAUCUGUGAGUUUUACCAUUUUGUCUUUGACAGUAGAAAAAUUGGCAACCAAUGGUGCCAAGAUGGUGAUUAUAAGUAAUUCCUCAAGACGUGUGCCAACAACAGUGAACAAAAUGAAGAGCCUUGGGUUUGAUCCCUCCCUUUUUGAAGGAGUCAUCACCAGUGGAGAAUUAACACAUCAAUACUUGCAAAGGAGAGAUGAUCCUUGGUUUGCAGCACUGGGAAGGUCUUGCAUUCAUAUAACCUGGAGUGACAGGGGUGCUAUAUCUCUUGAGGGUUUAAGUUUAAAAGUUGUGGAGAAUGUUGAAGAAGCUGAGUUUGUUUUGGUCCAUGGAACUGAAGCCUUGGGGCUUCCUUCUGGCAACAUCCGUCCAGUGAGUCUUGAGGAUCUUGAGAAAAUAUUGCAGCAAUGCACUUCUAAAAGGAUUCCCAUAAUUGUAGCUAAUCCAGACUUUGUGACCGUUGAGGCUCUGCACUACUGGAGUUUCUUUUCUGUUCAUAUGUCAAAGUACCUUUUUGUGGGUUCUACUUUCCUUUGUACACUGGCUGCCAAACAUGAAAAGCUUGGGGGUGAAGUGAAAUUGAUGGGGAAGCCUGAUAAGAUAAUAUACAAAUCGGCUAUGGCAAUGGUUGGUGUGGAUGCUUCUGAUUCUAUAGCUGUGGGUGAUUCCCUUCAUCAUGAUAUUAAGGGUGCAAAUGAGGCUGGAAUUGCUUUGGCAUUUAUCACGGGAGGGAUCCAUGCAACUGAGCUUGGACUCGGUAGUUUUGGGCAAGUUGCUGAUUUAUCUUCUGUACAGGUCCUUGCAGCCAAAUACGAUGCAUAUCCAACAUAUGUGCUGCCAGCAUUUGCAUGGUAGAAUCGCACAACGGUAUGUGUUCUCCUUUAUUCUGUUUCCUUACAUUGUUAUUAUGCCUGAGGACAAUUUUUACAUCAUGCACAAAUGGAAAUGUUGGAAGGGAAAUUGCCCUUACAAAAGAAAUGGCUCUUCAAGUAAAAGAGAUACUGCUGGUUGCAAUGAUUUCUUUGUGAAUAUUUAUGUCAAAAUUCAAGAUUUUUGAUGUACUUAUUCCUGAAUCUGUGAACUGUAAACUUGUCUGGAUAAAAUGGUUGGAGUUAU